AUGUUGGACCGACCAAUCCAACCUGAAUCACAGCAUAUUGCUGGUCAAUGUAGAUCAAAUAACGAUGUUUUAAUGAAAGAUAGUGGAAAUGACACAAUGAAAUGUGUAAUGUAUGCCCAUAGGAAAAAAGAGACAGAAGACAAACUUGACCUAGAUAUUAGGUACAGGUGUGCAGCAGGAAGUAGCACUAAUGUACCUAGUACACUUGAGUUAGCAAGGGAACAGCACAAGGUCGUAUCAGCAAAUGGUGAACCUAUUUUUGAUAUACUAGGGAAAACAAAACUAAUUAGUGGUUACUGGCAGAUAGAAUUAGAUGCUCAAAGCAGAGAGAAGAGUGCGUUUACAACCAACUGGGGACUUUACGAGUUUGAUGUCAUGCCGUAUGGUCUCUGUGGGACACCAAGCACUUUUCAGAGACUGAUGGAAACAGUUCUGGCGAGAUUACAGUGGGACCCGUGUUUAGUUUACCUUGAUGACAUCAUCAUCUUAAGUCACACUUUCGAUGAACAUUUAGUCAGACUCAAGAAGAUCCAGAAUGAAAAGGAAGUCGUUAUAGCUUAUUCGAGUCGAACAUUGAGCAAGUCUGAAAGGAUCUUCUGUACUACGAUAAAAGAGCUUCUAGCAUUUGUGUUUUUCAUUAAACAAUAUCGUCAUUAUCUGUUUGGCAAGAAAUUUCAGACAAGAACAGAUCACAAAGCACUGAAAUGGCUUUUCUCAAUGAAGGAACCGGAAGGUCAGACUGCUCGGUGGAUCACACAGUUAUCAGAGUAUGAAUUUUCUAUAGAACACAGAGAAGGUAAACGUCUCAGAAAUGCGGACGGAAUGUCUAGAAUACCAUGCCACCAGUGUGGUAAUGGUGAGAAUAAUAUCGCUACCUCUGCUUUUGGAAUGAGGCGUGACCUUGAAAAUUAUGUCGCUAACUGCGUUGAAUGUGUUACAAGGAAGAAUCCGAGUAGAACAGCUAGAGUGCCGUUACAACCACAUUAUUCUGGAGCUCCAUUUGAGAAAAUAGCAAUAGAUAUAUUGGAAAUGCCUAUGUCGGAUCAAGGGAACAGAUUUAUUGUGGUAAUUGGAGAUUAUUUCUCUAAGUGGGCAGAGGCUUUCCCUUUAAGGAAUCACACAUCUCCUGUGAUCGCCGAAAUCCUCAUUGAUCAGUUUAUAAGUAGAUUUGGUGCACCAUUUCAAUUGCAUAGUGACCAGGGGCCUGAAUUUGAGUCUCGACUUAUAUCUGAACUAUGUAAGUUACUAGGAGUUGAUAAAACUAGGACGACUACUUAA